AUGGCGCGUAAACAGAGUUCAAAGCGUGAUGCUUCGUCUUCGGACAAGAUCACCGACUCGAGGUUUGCCAACUUCGAGUCCGACCCUCGAUUCCGCUUGCCCUCCAAGAGCAAGACCAAGACCAAGGUCGACAAGCGCUUCCAGCACAUGUUCACAUCGAAAGACUUCACAGAGUCGGCCAAGGUCGACCGUUACGGACGCAAACUCAAGUCCGACAAUAAGAAGAAAGCUCUGAAACAACUCUACCAAGCUGAAGAGGAGGACGAGGACGAUGAGGAGGGCGAGGACGAUGAUGUGGUGCGCGAGGAGCUGCGGAAGGCAGAGGUCAAAGAUCCUGCACGAGGAGGUGGCUUCUCUGCUUCAGAGUCCGACUCGGACUCGGACAGCGGAGAGGAAAGCGAAGAGGAGCCCGAGCCCGAGGUCGAGGAGGCGGCCGACAUGCAGCGCUUCCGGAACGAACAGGCCGAGGUGCCUCUGGGCGAUGUCACGAAUCGCAUAGCCAUUGUCAACCUCGAUUGGGACUACAUCAAAUCAGUCGAUCUAUUUGCAAUGUUCUCGAGUUUCGCUCCCUCGGGAGGUCGGAUAGAAAGGGUCUCCAUCUACCCAAGCGAGUUUGGCAAGGAGCGCAUGCAGCGGGAGGAGCUCGAGGGGCCGCCAAAGGAGAUCUUCAAGAACGAUGCCAAGGAUGACGAUGACGACUCGUCCGACGAUAGCAGCGACGAGGAAGAUAGUGAUGACGAAAGCGACGAUGAGGAGGUCAAGAAGGACCUGAUCGAGGAGGGCAACGACCAGGAUUUUGACAGCGAUGCGCUUAGGUCCUACCAGCUGGACAGGUUGAGAUACUACUACGCCGUCAUGGUCUGCUCAGACAAGUCGACAGCGCAGGCCAUCUAUGAAGCCACAGAUGGCAGAGAAUACCAAACCUCGUCAAACUUCCUCGACCUGCGAUUCGUUCCCGACGACGUCACUUUCGACGAUGAACCCAGAGACGAGUGUGACGUCGUCCCCGCCGGCUACAAGCCCAUCGAGUUUGUCACAGAUGCCCUACAGCACUCCAAGGUGAAGCUCACCUGGGACAUGCAUCCCGAGGAGGCGGCGCGGCAAGAGACCAUCAAGAAGGCAUUCACCGGCAGCCGAGCUGACAUCGCCGAGAAUGACCUCAACGCUUAUCUGGCCAGCGACAGCGAUGGGGAGGAUGAAGAGGAGGUGUUUGAGCCGGAAGCCGCAGCGGAGGACGAGCCAAAGCUGAGCAAGAAAGAGCUUGCUCGCAGGAAGAUGCGGGAGGCUCUCGGUCUCAGCGACGACCCUGCACCGAAAUCCAGCAAGUCUGGUCCGGUCGGCGAUAUGCAGAUCACUUUUACCUCAGCCCUCACUGAGAAAGCCGACGGCAAGAAGAAGGAUGACGAGGAGGAGACUACCCGCGAGAAGUACAUCAGAAAGGAGAAGGAGAGGAAAGAGAAGCGUAGGCAGAAGGCCAAGGCAGCCCGAGGGGAUGGCGAGGCCGAGGAGGAAGCAGCGGAGGAGGAGGAUCUUGGCUUCGACGACCCAUUCUUCACGUCCGAGCCGGCGUCCAAGACAACCAAGUCCUCGAUACGGAAGGAGGAGCGCCUCAAGAAGCGUGAGGCUAGGGAGGCCGAGGAGGCGGAGAAGGCUGCUGAGAAGGCGCAGCUGGAACUCAUCAUGGCCGAUGACGGCAACGACGGUGCCCCGCGCCUUGGCCACUUCGACAUGAAUGAGAUCAUCAAGGCCGAGAAGAAGAAGAACAAGAAGGGAAAGAAGGGCAAGAAGGGCAUCGAGGACCGCGGCGGCCUACAAGAGGACUUUGUCAUGGAUGUUGGAGGCGACAAGCGUUUCGAGGCUCUCUUUGAAGAGCACGAGUACGCAGUCGAUCCCUCCAAUCCCAAGUUCACUUCCACUCCCAGCAUGAAGAAGCUGCUUGAGGAGGGCAGGAAGAAGAGGAAAGCGGUAGAUGAUGAUGAGGUUCCCGAUCGGCGGAGCCAAAAGGCCAAGAAAGCCAAGGCUACAAAAGCAGAUGAUGCGACGGAUCUGGUGAAGUCUAUCAAGAACAAGUACCGCAAGGACAAAUGA